UUGUUUUAUUCUGUGACGCACAAUGUGCGCGUCCUUGUCUUCAGCAAAAAGAGUGUAAAGCAUGGUUAUUUAAGCAAGUUGGCGUUAUGUUGGGAUCGUCCCUUUCAUCAUGAAUCACGUCGAUUAUUUAUCUACGGUACGAUUCAGCACUUUGCCGAUUAAACAACAACUGGAAAUUAAACAUUUGGGACCGCACCAGCCGGAUGAGCUUGUAAUCAUCCAAGAAGGAAACGGGAAAAAGAGAUCAUUCAACCCGGAGUGGUUUUAUAGGAAAUCCUGGCUAACGGCCAGCAUCUCCAAAAAAGCCUUGUUCUGCUUUCCGUGCCUUCUUUUUGAAGGGGAAUCCGUAUGGACGACGACGGGGUUUACGGAUUUAAAGCACUUGUCUGAACGACUGGCCAAGCACGAGAGCUGCGCCUCCCAUGUGGAUAACAGCAUCAGACUGGGCUUACUGGGGCAGACGAAUGUGCCCUCCGCGCUCGAUCGCGUGCACGGACGGGACAUCGAGGAGCACAACCGACAGACUGAAGAAAACCGGUAUGUUCUUGGCAGGAUUAUUUCUUGUAUUAAACUUUGUGGGAGAUGCGGGUCUGCCGGCUCUUUAAACCCGGCCAUUUUUAAAUGUAUUUUCGAGACGAUGUGCGAGGGGGAUUCCAGACUGAGGAGGCAUUACGAGGCUGAGCCUUAUUUCAGUGGCAUCGCAUCUGCAGCCAUUCAGAACGAACUUUUGGACUGCAUGUACAGCGUUUACAGGGACGAGGUGGCCCGCCAGCUGCUGCACACGCCGUUCGUCGCGGUGAUGACAGACGAGUGCACGGACGGCUCCUGCAACUCACACAUGGCCGUCGUCCUGCGCUACAUGGUGAACAACACGGUGAUCGAGAGGUUUUGGGAGUUUAUCGAGGUGAAGGACAAAACGGCUAACGGUCUGGCCACCGCCAUCAUGGCAUCCCUGGACCCCCUGCACAUCACCAACAAGCUCAUCGCGCAAACGUACGACGGCUCUGCGGGGAGGUACGGCAGCGUCCGCGACAUCGAGGCGCGCGUCAAGCAGCGCUACCCGCUGGCGCACUUCGUCCACUGCUACGCGCAUCCGUUGAACGCCACGCUUCAGCAGGUCUGCUCGGCCAGGAGCUCGGACUUGAAGGUGUUUUUCGCGGACCUGGCCACCUUCACCAACUUCUUCUCCAACUCCUACAAGAGAAUGGCCGCCCUGAACGAGGCGCUGAGCAGACGCGUCUCCAGGCGGCAAGCCGCGCGGUUGAAUUUCAUCAGCAAAACGGCGAAUUCGGUGUGGAAAGGUCGCGAGGAGAUCAAGGAGUGUCUGCAGAACAUUCGGACGCAGGAGGGAUGGGACAAGGCCACCAUCAGCGAGGCUUACGGUCUAGCCAUGCAUCUGCAGGACCCCAAGUUCUUGCAGUUCUCCCAGUUCUUCUCUGAACUCAUGCCGGAGGUGGACCUUCUAUACGGGGUGCUGCAGAAACGGAAGAUGAACGCCAAUGGCAUCCGCCUCGCGAUUCAGACGUUCAAGAAGAACGUGGGGCUUCUGAGGGAGAGAACUGACUUGAUAGCCCAAGACGGCACCGAAGGGAGUAAGAGAAUGAAAACCGACGCGGCCGCCACCAUGCAGGAGGCGUGUGACGCGGUGCUAAGCCAGGUGGACGAGAGGUUCCCCGAGAGUGACCACUUGAUCACCGCCCGCCUAGUGGACGGCGCGCUCUUCCCCCAAGUUUGCAAGUUCGUUUCCAGUGGUCGAGCUGGAAUUUGCAGCCAGACUGUGGCCCGUGGUGAAUAAGGAGAAGCUGAAAACGGAGUUGACCUCGCUGUACCAGCACGUCGAACUGAUCAGAGGGACCACCAUGUUGUCUCUGUUGAAUUCCGUCCACGAACACAACCUGCAGGAUGUCCUGUCCGAGACGGUGACACUUCUUAAAGUUGUCAUCACGACGCCGAUGACCAACUCUGAAUCCGACAGGAACCUCUCCACUCUGAAAAAGGUCAAGACGUUCGCCCAGAAUGCCACGGGGCAGCACAGGCUGAACGCCUUGGCUAUGCUCGCCAUCGAAAACGGAUUCAUCCACGGACUGCUGAAUUUCGACAGCAAGGUCAUAGAGCAGUUUGCACACAUGAAGGACCGCUGUGCCACCUGCCUCUUCAUGAAGUGACCUUCAUCGGUUUUUAUUCUUUGAAGUUGAAGAACGAGGACCAGCUUGACAUUCCCGAGUGUAUCACAGUUGUAAAUAAAUCAUGUUUUGGAUCUCUGA